CAAUGUGACGUCAUGUUAUAACGUCGUUAAUGCACUAACUAAUCGUUAACAGAUAAAUUAUUUAUUUAUAGAGUCAAAACAUGCUUCGGUGAACGAUUAAUUGCUAGCGGUGAGUAACGUGUAUGUUUGGCCAUCCAUCAAUUCAACGCUUAACGUAUAUUAACGUUACGCCGCGACCAUACGUUGACCUCGAUUUUCGAGCUUGUACUAACGUAAACGUAUGAUUUUGCAUUUUUGCAUGCAUUUAUCACAAUUAACGUGGAAAUUUGCGUUGUAAUAUGUAUUCUUGUGGAACGGUAAUAAAUAGGAAAACGUUUCUUAUUCAGACUUAAACUUAAUCCUUAAUUUUGUGAGGCUGGUGUUUAUUCAGUUUUAAGUUAGAUGGAUUUUACAAAACGUGUAAUUUUGCUGGAUUUUAUCCACUUUUCGUAAAAAAUAGUGUUUUGUGGUUUUUUUUAAUUGAAUUAAAAUGAAACUGUUUUAUCUUUCGGUAAUUUUGUUAGUGUUAUCUGAGACGAAUAUUGUUACCGGAGUUCACUCGAGUGUAUCAUCAGGAGACGUUCGGGAGUAUCGCGAUAUAUCGACAACAGACGGUCAGAAGUAUCGCGAUGUAUCGAGGUUAAGAGAGCGGACCGGUGGUAGGAUAACUUCAAACAUAGCUUCUUCACAUACAAAUAAUUUAGGUAUUCGGCCACGAUGGAUGCCACGCUUUGUGGACAGACGUAUAUUUCAACAUCCACGUCCUGGUACAAGGUCGUUUCAGACAUUUUUACGAAAUCAUCAAGAAUUACAAAACCGUCAAAAUAGUCGGCCGAUUUUAUCACAACAAGUUGCUCGUCCACUCGUGUUUCGUCCUCCUUUAAAUUUUCGUCAAAUGUCACCCACAUUGAGACAGUUUGACUUAAGAAAACCUUCACGAGAUUGGCAUGGAAAUAGAAACACGUUAAAUUCUCCGCCAUCAGUGACGGGAACAAAUGCUCCGAGAGUAGAUCAGCUGAAAAUGGCUGAGAAAAACUCAUUGCUUACUUUACUGGAAGAACGUCGAUCGGUAAUUCGUGAUGACAACGAUUUGAUUUUAAUUCGGAAACAUCUCAUUAAGAUAAAUAGUUUGGGUUCUAGUUCUGGUCUAAAUCAAGAUCAGAUUUUAGAAAAACAGGUGAACUAUAUUGAAAAUAUAACAGAUAUUGAUAUACAACGUGAAGUCUUGAAGAUCUUUGUAAAAGAUAUAGUUGAGAAAAGUGGAUUUCUUAGUCAGGACGUGUCAAGUGUCCAUGACAUAGACUCGCUGAAAGCUCUCGUUGAUAAAAUAAGCUCUGUGACAGAUAAGUUCACACAACUCUCACACAAAAUUGCGAUUGAUUCACUGAGUUUAUUAGGAGCUCAAACCGGCCUUAACCUAAAUGAGCUUAACGUUGCAUUAACGACUAGAAGUCCAAGUACAACAACAAUCACAGCACGUGCGAUCGCUCCAGAACACGUGACAGACUCGGAACACAGUUUGAGACAAAAGAUCCUCAAUGCUCUGUCAAUUUACGAUAAUAAUGCACGUGUUACGCAUACGCCAAUAGAAGUAAACGACAGAGCCCUCGGGACGUUUCAAAGCCGACAGAGGUCAAACUCGGAGCCAGUUCCGGGGAUGUCAAUAUUUGGUGAUGUAACUACUGAGACCGUAACAACAAUAGAAAACAAGAGAGGUGGUAUUGAGAGUGAGCCACUUGGUGGAAACAAUGCCUACUGGACACAUUUACGAGCUGGUCUCGUAGACAUGCUGUGUAAUUUAUGUCGACAACAAAACCGUUCAUCGUGCAUAGUGCGAUACUGUAGCAACGACCUCAUUAGAACGGAAACAGAAACACCAGCGCCCUCUGUCGUUAUUACAGCCAAACAGAUAUUCUGAUGAUUAAGAACCCUUUUCCAUAUGAAUUUAAAACUUUAUUUUAGAGUGCUUAUUAACAUAUGAACAUUUCCCGUUAUACGUUCUAUAAGUUGUCUUUACCAACGGACAUAUAUACAUGUAUAUACUGGAUCAACAACAUAGUGGUUGAUAACCAUUUAUUUAAACAAGCAUAAAUAUGCCGCAGUAACGUCGGACCAAUAUCAACAACAAUGCUGACUGAAAGAUGCUGUUGCCCGCAACAACGACGAAAAAUUAACGAAACUUCUAAAAAACAAAUAACAAAAAGAAAAUAAAACAACAAAAAACCAACAAACAUCAGUUGACUCCCGAGUUGUUGUAACCGUAAACUGAGAUUAAAAUCCUUUGAUUAAAUAGUGGGCGUACGUACGUUACCAGAGAGAAUAUGAACGGACACGUCAUACACACGUUGAAGAAAGGUGCUGGAAAAUGCAUAUCAACUUGGAGCUCAUUGUGAAACAGGGUAUUGUGUUAUUCAAGAUGAAUGAAAGAUGUUUUAAGACAAAAAGUGGGAGUUAUAUACAUACUUUAAGCUUAGACACCUUGUAUAAAUGAUGUAACACAUCUAUAACAUGGCCAGUUUUUCUUCCCUCUUCACCAGUUUUCGACAUUUAACUUGUUAUGCUAAGUUAGUUCUGUUCAUAUGAUAUAGCUGUGUAAAUUUAUUUACCUUCACGGCAGCUCUUGCCUAAUUUGAUAAUAACUAUCACACUUACGUAUUUGUUGAUGAAAGUAUACCUUUCCCUAAACGUACAUGCCAUUUAUACUGCAAGUCAUGGCCAUGUUGUGCUGAUACAUCGUUUGUAAAAUAUAUGUGUUCACACUUGUCUCCCGUGUUUAGACAAAGUUAUACAGAAGAUUGUUAAGUAAAUUGCUAGGUAAUUAUUAUGUUUUCACCUGUACUGGUCAGUAAUGAAUUACAGCAGUGAUUAAUUGACCAUGUACUCACACAGAAAAUGCUUUGUCACAAAGAGGUUGCAAAUAUAGAGGUUGGUAAUUAAAUGACAAGGGAAAAUAAUACUGUCAUGACCUAGAAGUUACUGUACUUUUACCCUUAGAGAAUACGUGCAUUGUGUUUCACUUUAUCAAAUGGUAAAAAUUAAAUUAUAAUUGGUAUAGACACACUAUGCCUCAAAAAUCUAUAUUUUUUUUGUAAUUCUUUAGAAAUGCCAAACAUGCGUUUGAUAAUAUUUUAAAAAUGGAUUAAGAGAAUGUUAGAUACCCAACAACUGAAACAAGUAGCGCUGAACAUGCAGUGAUGUGUCGUACAGGUAGCAAAAUGUAUACAAAGUAGUAUUUUGACUUCCAUAGAAAAUACUAAUUCACUAAAUAUACCAUUUGCAAACAGCAAAAUAAGCAAAAGAUAGAUUAUGUAUAAUGGUAAAUGAGUAUUUUUUGGAAACUUUAACAGGAUACCACAUAUAGAAAGUUUUUGAGAAAUCAAAAUUGGGGCAUUUCUAAUUUUCUAUGGCAUAAUGGGCCUUUGAUAAAUACUUGUACAAGAAUAUAUUUAUCUAUUACUAGAUUUUGGCUCACGUGAAUUUUACUAGAACGGAUCACAUAGGGCACGUGGACACUACCACCAGAGUCAUAAACAAGUUCCAGAUUAAGAUACUCCUAUAAUUAUCUUACUAGAACAAGAUUAUACGCUGAUUAGGUCAGGAAAUACGAGUAUAUCGUGCUUUAUUCGGAAAAAAUCUCACUGAAUUGGAAAAUGAUUUCAUAACAUUAAUUUAUGACAACUUUUACAAUCUUUGAAAAUAUGAAGAAGUACAAAACGGUCACAAUAUUGUAGCACUUAAUUAAUGCAGCUUUAUAAAUUUUAUGAUGUGUUAAAUUGCAUAUUAUUCCAUUUUCCCCUGAUUUUUACAUGAUGUCAUUUCUGAAAAAAAAAAGAAAAGAAAAAUGGAUUUUCGUUCAAAUGCUUUGUAGUUAAUCACUUAGGCCUAAGGCCUUCGUGAUUAUAUUGCUACGUAUUUGAACUCAAACCGUGCAUUAUUCUACAACAAUGCACUCAGAAUUAAUAUCUAUAUCCUAAUUAUAAAAUAUUUCAUUCUUCACUAAGCAAAUAAUACAUAUCAUUUCUUCAUAUUAGAAUAGAAUAGAGAAAAAAAUGACUUGUACAUAGCACAUCUUCAUUAUACAAUAUAUUAUGAUGCAUUUCAUCACAAUAUAAAAUUUUCGAUGCAUUAUCAAUUAUAUAUUCUACAUUCUACUAUAAAUGAGAGAACUUUAUAUUCGUGCAAUCUACGUAUAAACAAUCCUGCAAGCAAAAUUCUGUUUUAUAUUUGAAAUUGCAAUUCAAAAAUAAAAAACAAACUAUUAUGUAAUGUGUAAUGUGUAUUAUACGAGCGUAUUAAUUUGUUAAUUAGGUUUGUAGGACACAUUUUAUAUAGUAUAUAUACUUCCUUAUUGAAUCACAUGUGUAACAAUUCUAAGUGUAUUAGUAGGCUAUGUAGAUGUUAUGCGCUAUUUGUUUAAAGCACAUGUCUGAAUAACCUAUAUAACAUUACCCUUCGUUUUGUACAAAGUAACGUACAGAGUUAUGUGCAAAUGUUGUUUGCAGAUACAUUUUAGACAGAUGCUCUAGUGAGAGAGAUGUGGAUCAUACAAAGUGCGUGCUUCACUGUGACAUAUAUAUUCACACGAGUUCAAAUAAUAUCUUUACUUGUAUACAUACUACCUGUAUAUAUGUUACAAUUUACUUUUUCAUAUUACGUAUAUUGAAUAGAAUAGAACAAUCAAGGGUCAUGUAAAAUAGCAUAUAAAUCACAAUAAUAAUGAGAUGUUUAGGAAAAUAAAACUUGAUUUGUAUUAGCAAUAAUAAUAAACUGAAAAAAAAUUACGUUGAAAUUUUCUUAUUAAGCUUAUAUAAAUGUGAUUUUGGACUAAGCAAAGUUACGUAUAUUUUUAUCGCAAAAUUAAAUUAUUGCAGAAGUCUUUGAAUUUCAAAGGUCAUUAUUUACAGUGCACUAUACGGUCAUAAUUGUACAUAAAUUGUAUUUGAGUAAAAAAUACGGGAGGUGUAUCUUUUGUAUAUCAUUGUUAUAUUUACAUUGUGUUCGUUUUAUUGAAAUAUUUGUUUAUAUUGAAAAAAAAAUGCAUUUCAAGCUGGUCUUGAUAAGUUGUAAUUGUUAUUUACUUUAAUUUAAAUUUGACAUAGGGCGCCUUAAACAUUUGUUAACCUGAUAUCUUUAUACAGUUAUAAUAUACUCAGUUCUAUGAAAUUUAAAGAAAAAUAUAAUAAAAGUAUACUUCAGUAUUUAUGUCUCCAUUCUUUUAUCGGUCGUAUGUACAUGUAUAUCAUUAUUUGAACACUUGAAAUUUAUA